GGCGACCAAAAAGUCCGCUGCUCCUCAUUGGCAGUAGUAAUUAUCUUUUCCUUCGUUUAGUUCACAAAAUGUCAACAAAAGAAGCAAAAGAAGCAAAAGAUGAAGACUCUAAUUCGGCUACUUCAACUACAGCAGCUACACCUAUACCUUUUGUUACUUCAAGUUUAGCUUUUCAACGUACUCAGUCUUGGUCUACAACUUCUUCAGGUGAAGAACAUCGUCAAUUUGAAGAGCUUAUACCACCUGAUAACUUUAAUAUGGUGUCAAAUUGGGUUUAUAGAAGUAGUUUUCCAAAAAAAAAAAAUUUUGCUUUCUUGAAGAAACUUGGGCUAAAAAGUAUUCUAACGUUGAUCUUAGAAGAAUACCCUGAACAAAAUAUGAAGUUCUUGGAAGCUAAUGAUAUUAAAUUUUUUCAAUUUGAAAUCGCUGGUAACAAGGAACCUUUUUGUCAUAUACCUGAAGACAAAAUAAGUGCUGCUUUGGCCGUAAUUUUGGAUCGACGUAAUCACCCUAUCUUAAUUCAUUGUAAUAAGGGCAAACAUCGAACAGGGUGUCUGAUCGGAUGUCUUCGCAAGCUUCAACGAUGGACGUAUACUUCAAUCUUUGAUGAGUAUCGACGCUUUUCGCAUCCAAAAUCACGCUCAAUGGAUCAACAGUUUAUUGAAUUAUUCGAUGUAUCUCAAGUAUGGAAACUCGUUGAUAGAAAUUAUGUUCCGAAUUGGGAUGUUUUGGGUUGCCCUUGGUGAAUAUUUAGUGAUAGAUAAUUAGAUGGGUUUUUUUUUAUUGCCAAACUAUUUAAAUAAAAUUAUAUCAAAAGAUUUACAUUAAUAUUUAUAAUUUAUUAAAAAUGAGUGCAUAUUAUAAUUAUCAAAAGAAGUAACCACGGUACAGCUAGUGUAACGAAAUAAAAAUUACUUAUCCCAUUAAAAGGAUCUUAUAUACUAUAUUGUAAUCU